AUGUGUUGCAAGAUGUUGUUUGAAUUGCUUAUCCUAACAGGUGCACAAGUUGGGAUGGAUCGGACUUCUAUCUUGAGAAAAUGUCAUGAUUUCAGGGCUGCUUUCGCCGGGUUUGAUGCAGAAAUCGUCGCUAACUUCACAGAAAGGCAAAUAGCAUCAGUGGCCACAGAUUACAACCUGGAUUUAAACAAGGUUCGAGGUGUCGUCAACAAUGCUAACAGAAUCCUCCAGGAUAAAUUUGACUUGGAUUUGAGUGUUCCACACAUCUCCCAUGCUGUCGAUGACAUAAUCAAGGAGCGGUUUAAGAAUUAUCGCGGUAAGUUGUUUCAAGCUCUCGCUGCACGCUUACCCACCAAUGCCCCACCACCUCCGCUUUCAUCUUUGUUAUUUUUUAUAUUUUUGUUUAUGAUGUUAAACUUAUAUGUAUUUAUGCGUGAAUGAAUGUGGUGUGGAUAAGAUUGUUUGUGUUUGGAUGAAUG